AUGGUAAUAUUGUAUAGUCUUUUAGUAUUUCUUACAAAUAUUCAGUAUUCUGUACUUUGGAAUGAUUCUUUAAAUACCUCUAAAUCUAAUUCAACUAUUAUACUCACAGCAUUACCACCUGUGACCAUAUUAGGAGAACCUAAAAUAACUUUAGUAGUUCCUGCAAGAAAAGUAUGCCACAAAGGAUUUUAUGAUGAUAGAUAUAAUGUUUGUACAUAUUUAGAUCAUAAUGAUGAAGUAACUCCAAUAUAUUCACCAUGUCCAGGAAAUGCAACAGUAGUUGAAGGAUAUUGCAUUGGGAUGAUGACAUCAGAAUAUGAAAAAUACUGUCCAGGAAGGUAUAAAUUAAAUAAGGAAGAACUUUGUAUUAAAUCUUCAUCAUAUCAAGCUCAAAAAAAAAUUUGUCCUGAAGGUUUUGAGUUAAAAUCUAAAGGGCAAAGUGUAGAAAAGAUAUAUAGAUGCGUUAAAAAAAUGUACUCUAAGCCAAUAAAAGUACCAGCAACUGAUAUGUUUGAAUAUGAACAUGAUUCAAGAGACUUCUGUAGAAAAUCUGAAAAUCAUUAUUGCACUGAAAAAAGCCAUACAAAGCCAAUUAAAUAUGUAAUUCAAUGUCCAAAAAAUGCAAAAUUGAUUAAGUCACUAGAUAAUUCUAAGGCUACAUGUGAAACUAAGGUUACAGUAAUACCUGAUUAUGAUAGAAAUUGUGGUGGAGCAGAUUCGGCUUGGUAUUGGGAUGAGGAUUCUGCUUCAUGUAUAAAAAUUAGAACUUCAGAACCAAAACUUCGUUGUCCAUACCCUCAUCCUAAAUUAGGACCAGGUUUAGGUGAUUGGGAUACUCCUGAGUAUCGCCCACAUCCAAUAUAUAAAUGUUUGGCAAUACGAGGUAGAGCUAAGAUUAUUGGAUGUCCUAAGGGAUACUCACUUAAGAGGAGAAAAUGUUACCGAAUUAUACAUCUACCAUUUGAAAUAGAUUGUAAACAUGUGGAAGGAUUUAAGUUUGAGUAUGAUUAUGAUACUAAGAUUGGUGUUUGCAAGUUUACUCAUGUUGAAAGUGACUAUAUUGGAUUACCAAGUUAUCCUUCUGCACGUGAAGCUCUGACUUCUCAUCAGAUAUUCAAGAAUACAAAUGUUGAAAAUAUAUUGCGUGCUUAUCAACAAGGUUUAUUUAAUCUUCAAAUGAUUGAACAAGAGUUAAUGCAAGAAUUUUCACAUCGUUAA